AUGCAUGUCGCCCCUGUUAAAGUACACUCAGGACCUGGCCCUUUUCAAGAGUUCCUCUUAUUGAGUGCCAGAAUGACUUCAACUUCUUUCAACGUGGGUUUGGCUGACAACACGAGGCUGUCCAGCCGUGUGUUGCGACCUCCUGGCGGUGGCCAUACUGACAUCUUCGGGGGAGAGCCCGAGCCCCAGCAGACACACCGCCGUGGACCACCUGCUUCCACCAUCGGCUCCGUAGUUGGCCAAGAAGAGCCAAAGCCAGCUAACGGCACUGACGCAUCCAGCCAGAACGGUCAGAAGAGCCCACAAGAGGCGGCCCCGGCCCCCGUGGCCGAUGCCCCUGAGCCCAAGGCCGCCAGCCCAGUGGCCGCGGCAUCAGAACCAGCCAAGGUUGAGCCCCCCAAGCGUGUCCGCGUACCGCCCGGCGGGUUCUCCUCAGGACUCUGA